CGGAUAGCUGCCCGGUGCUUGAGGCAGGGGGGCGCCAGCCAGUGGCCCCUGGUGCAUUUGGCACGGCGAGGGGGCGUUACCUGCAGAUUCCUUCCCCCAGCUGAGCAAGUAGGGGAGAACCCCCUUGUCUCCCCCAGCAGCCGGUGAUUCCCUCCCCCGCCCGCCCUGCAGCGGAGAUCCCCGGGGCUGCCCGGCCGGGAUUGUCACACCUGGGCGCGCUGAGCUCCCGGCCGGAGGGAGCCUCCUGCGCUCACUUAUCCCCGGUCCAGCGUCCUUGAGACAGGUGUUGAGAAGCCAAAUGAGAUGCCCCCAGUGAUGCUGGCAGCACUCCCUUCCCUGAGCGACUUCCCUUUGAUGGCACCUUGAGAUGCUCUCCCUGAGCCCCCGUGGCCAACAGAACAACGCUGGACCAUGAAGUCCCCCAAUGCUGUGAUCUGCAGGGAGAAGCCGGCUCUGAGUGUUUACCCUUAUGGCUCUGAACAGGAUGGCUGGGAAGAGGCCAGGGAUGAGGACGUGAACUCAGCCCAGAUCAACUGCACCAUAAGCCACCUGGAGCAAGCUGGUUGGUACUGGGGUCCCCUCACAGCAGCAGAGGCCAGACGCGUUCUCUGCCUUGCCCUGGAAGGCUCCUUCUUGAUGCGUGACAGUUCCAGCCCAGACAGCCUGCUCACCCUAUCAGUCAAAACUUCUGUUGGGCCCACCCACAUCCGGAUCUGCUACAGCGCCGGCCGCUUCAGCUUCGACUCGUCCGUCCUGGCCAAGCCCAAGCUCCAGAGCUUCAAGGACGCCAUGGCCUUGGUCCAGUUCUACUCCCUGGCCUCGCUGAAGCAAGUCGAGCAGCUGGGGCUGUCGGAGCAGGAGACCACGUCCGUGUCCAAGGAUCCGGCCAUCCACCUGAAACUGAUCAAGCCCCUGUAUGUCUCUGUGCCAACUUUGCAGCACUUGUGCAGGCUCAUUAUCAACGGGAGCACCCGGCAGGUCUUGGCCUUGCCCUUGCCUGUCAGGCUCAAGGACUACCUGUUGAAGUACCCAUAUGUGCUCUGAGAGACCCCCCCACACACACACCUUGCUCAUCUUUCCAUCCUACCCUGGCAAAACAUGGUGCUCUCCCCACAACCCACUCUGCUCCGGCACCAGCACUGAUGGACUCCGAAGGGUCCCUGGCGUUGCUCAGCUGGAGUGCUGCAGUGCGUGGCCUUGGGGUCAGGUACAAGUGUGAGGGGCUGAGCGAAAGGCAGGGAUCUCCAGAGCUCAGAUGGAAGCAGGUCAGGGGCAGAAAGCAUAUUUUGGGUUUUUUUCAGGCUCUGUCGUCCCUAGCUAGGGAUGCUAAUAAAAAAUUCAUUGUACUA